UGCACCACUCAUCAAAACUCUGCGACAUGCAGACAGGAGCUGGGGGAGGGCAGCAGUGACCGGGUCUGACUGAGUGUGUAGGGCCGCUGUUCCUUCAUCCACCGGUGUUGAUCUGAGGAAGACUGCGGCGCUGCACCACACUCAUCUGUGCACUUUGAGUCCUGAAACAGACCCUUUUAAUUACCUCCCUUCUUCACGGCGGGCGCUUCCCUCAGCACAGGUUCCCCCCAACUUUUAUGACAAAAUGGCCAAGGAUGGAGAGAAAAGCGGCUGGAAGGAGUAUAUAUGGAACCCGAGGACCAGGGAGUUCCUGGGCAGGACGGCGAGCAGCUGGGGUCUUAUUCUUCUCUUUUAUGUAGUGUUCUACAUUUUCCUGGCCGGCUUGUUUGCGCUCACCAUGUAUGUCAUGCUGCAGACCUUGGACGAACACAAACCCACCUGGCAAGACAGGCUCUCCACACCAGGCAUGGUCAUUAGACCCAAAGCAGAUGAGACCUUUGAGAUUGUCUACAACAUCCAGAACACCGAGAGCUGGGACAUGUACACUCAGACCCUGGACAAGUUCCUGGCACCCUACAACGACUCCACCCAGGCCCAGAAAAACGACGAGUGCACCCCGGACCAGUACUUCCUGCAGGAGGACAGUGGCGACGUGAAGAACAACCCAAAGCGCUCCUGUCAGUUCAAUCGCACCAUGCUGGAGGAAUGCUCUGGAAUCCAUGACCGUUACUAUGGAUACCAGACGGGCAAGCCGUGCAUCAUCAUCAAGCUGAAUCGGGUGAUUGGGCUGCUGCCAGGAAAGGACGGACAGACUCCGUAUGUCACCUGUGCUGCGAAGAAAUACAGAGUUGGCAAAGAUGAAUGGAAAGAAGACAGUGACAAAAUUGGAGAGUUGAUGUACUUCCCUCCAAAUGGCACUUUCAACUUAAUGUACUACCCUUACUAUGGCAAGAAAGCUCAGGUGAACUACUCUCAACCUUUGGUUGCCGUCAAGUUCCUUAACAUUACUGUCAAUCAAGACGUCAACAUCGAGUGCAGGAUCAACGCAAACAACAUUGUCACUGGAAGUGAAAGAGACAAGUUUGCCGGGAGAGUGUCUUUCAAGCUGAGGAUCAACACUAUCUAGGUUGACCCCUUUUUCCUCUCCUGAAAACUACUUUCUUCAUUCUCUGCAACAUCGCACACACACAGAAAGAAAUCGCAGCAUUCGCACCCUUUGCAGCAAAUGUUUACAACCCCCAGAUCUUUUUGGGACCUCGUCCAGUUAUGUUUUGAGAUGAGAAUGAUAAAUUAAAGGGUGGCAAUCCUGUCAUUAUUUCUGUCUGUGUGCUUUGGGACAAAUUCUUUCCUGUACAUUAGUUUGAGGUGACGUCUAUUUAUACUGCAUGACAAACAAGGGGAUUUAAAAAAAGGAUGUGAACAUGUGUUUUCAAAGUUUGCAAGGACCGGCAACAUUACCACGUUAUUGCUGCUCCCCUCCUGUUGCCUCCUUCCAGAGUAUCCCUCUAUAUAUAAAUAUACACAAAUUACAAUACAAAAUGUGUAUAUCUACACUAUUUAUACGGUAUCAACCCUAUAUCGGUACACCUAUUUUGUUGCACUUCAAAGAAUAUUCCAACAGACUUAUUACUUACUGUAUAUCUCAACGGGUGGAUGCAGAGAUGAAGCCAUUUUGCAUGUGUGUACUGUCUUUAGUGUGCUUUGAGGGCAGGAGGCCCCCGUGUCCCACCUCUCUGCUGAGUGUGAAAUUAGGGUUUGUUGAACCACUGACCACCAGGAGGGACCGCACUGUGAUCCUCUGAACCUCACGUACAGCAAGUGAUUCCAAAACAGCAUAGAGUGAGAUGUGUCCAUCCAAAAAAAUGUGAGUUACAGUACAGGUUAAAGCCGUCAAGUGUGUGUGUGUGUGUGUGUGUGUGUGUGUGUGUGUGUGUGUGUGUGUGUGUGUGUGUGUGUGUGUGUGUGUGUGUGUGUGUGUGUGUGUGUGUGUGCGUGUGCGUGUGCGUGCGUGCCUGCCUGCCUGUGUGCUCCAUUCACAAUUCUCAUCUCAUACUGUAGGUCGGGAAAUUGCAUGCAAUGUGCAAUAUCCAUUAAGUGGUGAACAUUAUGAAUGCUCGAGUCGGUUCUUAAGGUGACAGACUUAUCUGUUAAAUGAUAAUUGUUUUGGAUCACUUAAUAUUCACUCUGAAUUGUUUGACUUGAGAGCAACUCACUAAACAGAUGUGGGUAUUUACAGUAGGUUGCUGGCAAUGGUCAUAUCAACACCAGAAAGUUAACAGAAACAUGACGUUUUAUUUCUCCCCUUUUGGCCUCAACACUCCCAGUGUGUUAGUGGUUUAACAGAACAACUCCUCCUGCUGCAAAAUGACAUCAUGCUCCCUGUCACUGUCAAUCAUCUCCCUCCUCAAGUUAAACCAGGAGCCAUUUCCUGUGUUUCACUUUUUUAUUUUUAUUAAUUGAAACAUGAAUAUUUAGAUUUUGUUUUGGUGUGCUUUGCAUCUAUUUCAUACAAUAUGUAUCAGAAAUAGAUGCUGUUGUGAUAUUUUGUAUUGAUUUGCACUGGAAGUGUGCUUUUUCUUUGUGAAGCGGAGUCGAAUGAAUCAAUGUAUAUACAGUUUUGGAGGAGGAGGCGGAGGUAGAAAGUUUGUGUUUGUUCCCUUUUCUCCAUUCAUACUCAUUAUCAUCAAAAAUAUCCAUCCAGAAUAUCAAAAUGUAUAGUUCUACAUCUUCCUUUAAAGGUGACUAGAGUCUUGACUAUGUGAGUUGUUUGUGGGUCAGAGUCAGAUUUUUAUAGGCCUGUAGGAAAUGACCGAAACUGGAGAUUUCAUUUGUCUUUCGUUGUUUGUGUUGUUGUUGUCUCAUUAGCCAAUCCAUCUUGAGGAAGGAGGAAAGAGAGAAAGAAAGAAAGAUCUAAUUAUCUGACUGAAUUAUCAGUCAUUUUUUGCUCUUUGCGACUUCACGUGCAUUUCCCCACUCUGGCAUUCCUGCAACACUUAAUUUCACUGUAAUCUCUUAAUCUGGUCAGCUAAUCCUGAGCAGGCACGCUGGACUUCUUCACCCUAGUUUGCCACUCCUUCUCCUUGUGUGAAACACUUGAUUCACUGUCAUCGUCUCCAUUCCUUCCUCGGCGCAUUCAUUCCCAUUUCCCACUAUUCGUUAAUAAAUUCAACGAAGCCCCUUUAAACAACAAAACAGCGAAUUCAAUCUUCAUCAUCUUAUUGGACAUAAUUUAUCAGUUCAUGUGCAUGUGAAGAUUUGCUCUUCAACCAAAGACUAUCAUGACAGUUUAAAUUUUAUUUAAUUCGCUGCACUGACAUCGUCAGCAGCAGAUCUUAGUAAGGAUCUCAUGCAGAGAAACUGUAGGAUCCAUGUGAAGGGCAACAGACCCUGUGCAAUUAAGAGGUCGACUUGUAAUAAUAAUAAUAAUAAUAAAAAGACUUCUAAUGAUAAUAAUAAUGAUCAUUUUAUAGUCAUACGCACAAAAGGAUCAUGUUACAUUACAAGAUAACAGUGCCUCCUGGUGGACAGACAGUGUUGUACCCCAGUGUUACAGAAUGUUAUUUCCUGUUAUCUCCAUAUAUCCUUUUCUUCUGUGAUAAUUUGGAGAUGUCCUCAAAAAGCAAUAUAUUUAUUUUUUGUGUGUGUGGCUGUAUGAUGUAUUUAUUGGAAAGGCUGAAACAAAAUCAGCGCAAUGUGUAUCAUCAAGCGCAAAGAAGAAAAAAGGAAAGAACAUAUAGAUGUUGCAUUUUGGCAAUUCAGCCAGUAUGCACUGCCAUGACGGAACAAUAUAAAAGCUAUUGCUGUGUUUAUAAAAGAGUAUUUUUAUUGCUAUUUUGUUGUAAUGAGGAGAGAAUGUAUUAGCUUGGACUGUACCAUGCCAUGGAGCUACCGGGGAGGUUUUCAUCAUUUAAUUCAGCAAAUGGCAAAUUGUUAUCAGCUUGGUUGGAAAGGUUUUUUGUUUUGUGUAGAAACAUUAUUUUGUCACUGUCUAUAAGUCCCGUCUUUUUCCCUAAAGUGAGCUCGUACAGUUUGGACGUUCUCUGAGGCCUGUUGCGUCAGACUGAAGACUUUUCACUUUCAAUUUCAAUUUCAAUUGGUGAUAUAAAUCAGUGGCCAGUGCUUUCAGAGAACGUUCAGGUGCAGGACAUUCAGAAAAUGAUCGGAACAACAACUACACCAGGGCCCAAAGAAAAUGUCAGAGAUAGAGAGAGUCAACUAUUUGUGUUUCAAACAAGGAAUAAUAUCAAGGAACCCUUAUUACCCCCCCAUCGAGUCACCUCCUCUCACAUCGUGUUAUUGCCUGGCUAAGACUGUGGUCAUCAAGAAAGGAAUCAUAACUUUGAUGAGAUACUAUCGCCCAAGAAGGUUGCUUCUAUUCUGGAUCUUUAUUUUUUGCUCUUACUGUAUGUAUAUUUUUGCUCAUGUUUACUGCAAACCAAGAUAGAGAAAUAAAUAAAUGUCAUUUAAGGGAACUCAA